CCAUAGGCAUUUCACCCAAUUGCUGGUUUGGUACCGGUACAUCAGAAAUUGACAUGAUAAAAAUGGACAGGACGCCUCAUCCGUAACGGAUAAGGGGGGGAUCCCUUCCCGGCCAACACUUGACAACCUCCCUUCAAAAUCAAACACACAGCAUACGCUACACUAAGCCCCAAGCUCCUCGCCAGUGGCCCCAUUUUCCGCCAUUUUCUCCACUUUAACUGCGUUAAAAGCUUGUCAAUUUGAAAACCCACAAGGUCAAUGAAGCUCUCGAGAAGAGACAUCCUUCAUGGACUUGCCUAGAUGCAAUCAGUAUUAACACUUGCUCCUGCUCUGCCUGCAGACAUAUCGCUUUUCCAUUUGAAGAAAUAGAAGAAAACUGAAAAAUGGCAUCUACAUCGAUUCUCCUCCCAUCAGGUCCUGCAUGUAUUACAAGUUUCAAAACCAAGGAGCAAACAACCACAAAGAGCCAAAUGCAAGGUGUUACUAUACGUUGCUCAAGUUCAGGGCUCAGAGUACAAGAUGCCACUGCUUCACAAUGUGGAAAAGUGUGUUCGAUCAAUCGUAGAGAUGUGCUAGGGAUGGCUUUUGGUCUCUCAAGUAUCCUAUUAUUUUCAUUUUCUUCUGAAGCAGCUGGGUUGCCUCCAGAGCAAAAACCAAGAUUGUGUGAUGAUGAUUGCGAGAAAGAGCUUGAAAAUGUACCUAUGGUAACUACUGAGUCGGGUCUGCAGUACAAAGAUAUUAAAGUUGGUGGUGGCCCUAGUCCCCCCGUUGGCUUUCAGGUGGCUGCUAAUUAUGUUGCCAUGGUACCAUCUGGGCAGAUAUUUGACAGUUCACUGGAGAAAGGUCAGCCUUAUAUUUUCCGCGUUGGAUCUGGUCAGGUGAUCAAGGGACUCGAUGAAGGGAUCCUGAGCAUGAGAGUUGGGGGCAAACGCCGUCUCUACAUUCCAGGAUCACUGGCAUUUCCAAAAGGCCUCAAUUCUGCUCCAGGAAGGCCAAGAGUAGCUGCUUAUAGCGCAGUCAUAUUUGAUGUGAGUUUGGAGUACAUACCAGGCCUCGAAUUGGAAGAGGAAUGAGACCAUUGACGGCUGAUCAGUCAUUUCUUACUGCUUAAAUGUUUAGUUAGUCAGAGAACAGAAAUGUGGGGAGUUUUCUUAAACUACAUGUAAACCUCCAUUUAUUCAUUUUUUUGAGCUAUCUAUAGCAAGUGUUUCUGUCCAAGGCCGCCUAAUCUUUGAAAGGUAUAGACAGCCACUACAAUGGAUAGAAAAUCUUAAAGCCCCUUCAUUUGCAUCUUGAACUUUUCCUUUUAUCUGUUAGAAGCUGUUAAAGGAGCAUUAAAUACUAUGGAGAACAGCGUCCUUGGUUUUA